CGAACAGGCUAGCACUCACUGCACUCCUUUACAUCUGAUAUAAACAAUUGUUGAUACGGUAGGUCAGACCUUGAAGUGAUGUCAUUUGACAGUUUACAGGCGCUAUGCUAUGAUCGGCCACCUGCUGCCGGGGAGAUCCACCUUCAUGACACGCUGAGACGGAUAGAUGAGAUUGCGAACAAGGAUGUUGAAAUGCAGGCACCACUCUCGGAGAAUCUGAGCAUUGUUGUGCUGGAUACGAAUAUACUCCUGGAAUACCUUGAUGUCGUCCGGAAGUUUGUGGAAGAAGUCGAGUCUCAGAACAUCCCUGUGCUUCUGAUUAUCCCUGGGGCGGUGAUUUAUGAACUUGAUGGUCAAAAGAAUCGAGACGGUCUGUCGUGGUUCGCGCGACGGGCGUCAACGUGGCUACUGAAGAAGGUGAAGGAGCGCAAGUGCGUCAAAGGUCAGGCGCUCGACGAGACGUGCAAACCGUCUCGGAAUUGGAAAAAGCGAGAGAUCGGUGAGAGUUCGUGGGACGAACGACGAAAUGACAGCUUGAUUCUGGACUGCUGUCAAUAUUUCAGCAGAAUCCGGCACAAGCGGACGGUGUUAUGCAGCAAGGACAAGUUACUUGCGGUAGAGGCUGAGAGUGAAGGUAUUCAAAACAUUUAUCCGACCGGACAGUUCUGCAGCCGUGCAAUUGCGCAUGCAUUGUAUGGACCCGAGGCCGGUCUGUUCAGGUUUAGUGGCCACCGGCCAAAUUACAAAAACUCGUCGAUCGAGCUAACUCAGGUUCACGUGGAGCAGGAAGACGAUGGGAUGGAUAUAGACGAUGACGCAUCUACUACGGAGACUCUCCAACCAAGUCACGCAUUGGAUCUACUACAUCUACAAGUGAUUGAACACUUCGGGCAACUGCUAGUGGAGUUGGUGAUGCGUGUGGGAGGGCCAGAGCUACAAGAAUGCGGGGAAGGGGUGUCCAGGCACGCACCCCGACACAAGUUGGUUCCGUUCUCCCAAUGGGGUCCUCGAGAGUGCUGCGAAUACCUAGGCGGGAAGAAGAGGAGUAGAAUCAGCCAGAGACGGCCACGGUUGGACGUGUUCCUAACAAAGCCGUAUGCAGAUCGGGGAGCGCGACGGGGCCAGGACUGGUCACGGCGAGAUUGGGAGGUGGCGAUGCAGAGCCUGGGAGACUUGGGGGAGGAGUGGCAAGAGGGGACCAUCCAGGAGUCGAUUCCGUCUGUGCAAAUUCACAUGGAGCGCGUCUUUUCGAUGCCGAUGCGACCUACGGGGCUGUGAACUGCGAGUGUAGAUAAUGGUACGUAUGUAGCAGUAGCCACUAUAGCUACGUAGUACUGCCUGCAUUUGCUGCGGUGCUUGGGGCCCUGGAGCCCGGCCGCAGCGUCAAUCUGAAUCUGUUCUAAAG